CAGAGCGGCACGGCACGGCGCGGCAGGCGGCCCGCCACUCGCGAUAACACGCGCUAGCAGCAGCUGCUGGGCGGAAAAGGCGGGAGAAGACUGCCGCUUCCGCGUCCGCGCAGCACAGACGACGCUGGGGCAAAAUGGACGAUAAGUUAAUAUUGGCUGUAUUUAAUUACCCGGAGCUUUACAACGUUACACUGCCGAAUUACCGCUGCACAGAAAGUCGGACAAAUGCCUGGAGAAGCAUCAGCAUGGAGCUGGGACUUCCGACCGAGGAGUGCAAAAGAAGAUGGAAGAACAUGAGAGACAGGUACCUGAAGGAGGUCCGAAUGGAGCUUAAAAGCAAGAAGCAGGGAGAAAACGUUCAAAGCAAAUGGAAAUACAGACAACUUAUGAACUUCAUUGCGCCGUUCACUGGGUCAAGAAGUGGACUGCAGGAAAUCUCUGCCAACAAUGAUGAGGACCACGACAACCCUGAAGACUCUAGCAACGUGGAUGGAGAAACCGCUUUGUCAGAGGCAAUCAAAACACCACAGAGUGCUGUAAAGGUCCCCGCGAGUCUGCCCGACCUCAAACCACAGGUGACAUUUGUAACGCAGCUUCCUCCAGCGACUCAGGACACACAGGUGGCUCAGCUGGCUGUUCUGGCCAAGAUACCAUCACCCCCACAGGUCUCGCCUGUCACUGGCGUUACUGGGCAGAAACGGAAACCGGCCCAAGAGCCGCCGUCUGCACCUUCCUCCCAAAGUACGCCCAUGCCGACAAAAUGGUUGGUCAAAGACAAUGUCCCCUCUUUUCCCACUAAGCCGCGGGACGAGGAUGAACUGUUCCUGCUGAGCUUUGUUCCCGCUCUGAAGAGACUCGCUCCACAGAAGAGGUGCGAGACGAAAAUAAAGAUCCAGCAGAUUAUGUACGAGGCAGAGUUCAACGUUACACAUUCAGCGUCUCAAGAAAAGAAGGUGGAGACAGAAACACAGCACUGAUUACAUUUAAACUUUUAAAAAAUACUUUAUUGUAUUUCUUUUAUAUAAACUUCUGCCACAGAAUUAGUAAAAGUGGUAGAUAUUAAAGAAAUUUUUUAUGUGAAGUAGUUUGUUCCCCCCUGAUUAGUGUAUUUAUUAGGCAAUAAAGACUUAGAGGCAAUGAGGUCAUUAGAUUUACACCAUAAACAGACAGUUAAUCUUUAUUUACAUAACUUUAUCAAUAGAUUUCAAACAUAUUUCGAAAAAGCUGUUUCUUAGUCAGUCUUAAUUUUUACUCUAAUAAUUACAGUAUUUUACAUGUAAUUACAAUUGCAUACAGUAAACUGAUGAGAAUAAAUGCGUAGGUGAACACUGUUUAAUGAAUGACUCUUUCUGCUUACAUGCUUCUUUUUAAAUCUAAAAUAAAGAUUCUUGUAUUCUGAAAAAGUGUCCGUUUGAAGUCACCCUCAGCUAUUUAGUGGGAUUUAUGCUCUGAUCGGGUAAUUUCAUUUCGAGCAGUUCCUGGACAGAUUUGUUUUUUUUAAGGUCACUACCAUCUGUAAAGGUCGACACACAGUUCAACAGCUUCAGAUUACAUUUAAGUAAUUUUGUUAUGUUGCAAAACUCAGUUAAAAUAAUCACUGGAUCCCCAAAGUAUGUCCCAAAGGACACGCUCAUUGUUACUGUAGCCAAAUAACUUUAACUGCAAAGUGCAUCAAGCCAAAAGUCCUGUUUGGCAAACUCUUUUUUUCUUGUCUUUUCCCAGCAUGCCUUCCAUGCAGAAUAAAGUUCUGUUUUCUCUUUCUGGCUGUAGACCCAAACACUAUGUCGCCAUCACUUGCAAGACUAAACCACUAAUUGUGUGAUGAAACUUUGGGGUUUCUGAAAACUUUUUUUGCAACAAAUGAUCAGCACUGAGGUUGACCUUGUUUCAGUGACCAGACCCAGGAAAAAAAAUUAAAUACAAUUCCAAAUAAUCUGGAGAUCUUUAGAUUUAGAUGGCAACAAUAACAACAUACACUUCAAUAAAUUUAAACACUGUACAUUUCACUCAUCAGUCCCUAAAGAAUGUCUGUAUAAAACUUUGAACUGCUUUUAUAAGUAGGAUCAUUUUGCUUUUUAUUAUUUAUAGCAUGAAAAUGACAAAAGUUCAGUUAUGU